AUGAAAUUAUUUGAUUUAUCUUUGAAAAUUGACAAGUUUCAUAUUAAAAAAAUUAAUGCAAUUGAACUAUUUCUAGUUCUUGACGAUAGUUCACCUGGUUAUCUUCACAAGUGUCCUUACACAUCUGUCAACAUAACAAACGCCUACGUCAAAUCAGGUUCUAUGAUGUCAAUAUUUCCAACCGGUGACUACAGAUUGGACUUUUCCUACGAAUUUAUGAAAGGAAAAUGGGCUGCCACUAUCGUACUUCAUUUCUCAGUAAAUUCACCAAUCAAAGAUACUUUUGGUUGA